AUGAAGCUCUCCGUCUUGCUGCUUUCCAUUGAGGGUGGCUUCCAGGUCGUCGCUCGUCUGUGCACUGGGCCCGCUUUCGAUAUGCCAUCAAUUCGACCAUGGCGCGGCCUUAUUUGGACCUAUGACCUAAUCUUCUGCAGCAUCGUUGUGAUGGCACUUGCUGCUGCAAACUCCGGAUCUUUCAUCACACUUGCUAUUCUCAUGGCACUACGUGGCAUCACACUUGCCAUUUAUAUCUCCCAGCAAACCGUAAUAGCCGCUGACAUCUGCGAGGAUCGACCAGCAGCCCUGCAUCAGGCGAUUGGGUUGAUGCAAUUCUGCAAAGGAAUGGGUGUUUUACUUGGCUCAUUUAUCUCUGGUAUUCAUCGCUAUUUGUCUUUCCUUAAAAGUUAUUUUUACCAUCGUAGUGCAUGCCACUAUAGCCUUUUCAUUAUUUUUGUUAUAUAUAUAUAUAUAUAUAUAUGUAUAUGUCUCUCUCUGUCUAUAUAUAUAUAUAUUUAUGUAUAUACAUAUAUACAAGGUGUACUCAUUAUAUUUCGAAUAUGGUGA